CGGAAAGCUGCUGCAUGAAAAAAUUCACGGAAUAAUUGUUAAACGUAAACAAUAAUAUUGGGAAGAAAUGGACACGGGGUCUGACAACAGCGAUGACGAGGGCUCCAUUGGAAAUGCGGGCGGUGAUCUGGGAAUGGAUCUGACCGGCAUUCUGUUCGGCAACAUCGAUUCGGAGGGCAGGCUUCUGGACGAUGAAGAUGGUGAGGGUCGUGGGGGCAGCGGCUUCGAUGCGGAGCUCCGGGAAAAUAUUGGCUCAUUAUCCAAAUUGGGCCUGGGUUCCAUGCUGCACGAGGUCAUUGAUCGCAGGGAGGCCGAGCCUUCUUCCGACGAGGAGGAUUCUGAUAAACCCGAAGCCAAUGACAGUGGGGGAAUGAGUGCAUUCGAUGCCCUCAAGGCUGGUGUCAAAAGCAAUGAAAGCGAAGAUGGGGCUGUAAAGGCCCAAGACGAUGCCAUUGACUACUCCGACAUCACGGAGCUUUCAGAAGACUGCCCCCGUACACCGCCCCAACAAUCAGAAACCACAUCAUUUGAUGACUUGGAGGAUGCAAUACCCGCAUCUAAGGUUGAAACAAAAUUAACCAAGGAUGACAAAGAAUUGAUGCCGCCGCCAAGUGCACCCGUACGCUCGGGAACUGGCAGUGGGACAGAAGAAACCCCAAAAACGUCUGAAACCUCCACAACCAGUAGCGAUAACAAGGCCAUCGACCCCAAGGAUGCUGAUCGAAAGUUGGACACACCGCUGGCUGACAUACUGCCCUCCAAGUACCAAAACGUGGAUGUGCGGGAGCUGUUUCCGGACUUCAGACCCCAAAAAGUGUUGCGAUUUUCGCGCCUCUUUGGACCUGGAAAGCCAACAAGUCUCCCACAGAUCUGGCGGCAUGUGAGGAAAAGACGUCGCAAGCGAAAUCAGUCUCGUGAUCAAAAGCCCAUUAACAACGCUGGUUCCGACUCCCCAAGCGAUUCGGAGGAGCCGAGGAAACGGGGUUUUAGCCUUCACUUCGGCCCAGAGCCAACACCAGCUGAGUGCAUGUCUGACGACGAGGACAAACUGCUGGGCGAUCUCAAUAGCGAGGAUCUACGCCAAGAGGGUCCGGAUAAUGGAGAGAACAGCGACCAAAAGCCAAAGGUGGCCGAUUGGCGUUACGGACCGGCGCAGAUCUGGUACGAUAUGCUGGAAGUAUGCGACUCCGGUGAGGGCUUCAACUACGGCUUUAAAACAUCCCAAAACAAAGAAGACCGACGGGCGAAUAGCCCCGAACCCGAAUCUGCAGAGCAAUACAUAGCAGACGACGCUUUCUUGAUGGUUUCCCAAUUGCACUGGGAGGACGACGUCGUCUGGGAUGGCAAUGAUAUCAAGUCCAAAGUAAUGCAAAAGCUAAACUCCAAGACCAAUGCGGCGGGGUGGCUUCCGUCCAGCGGGUCGCGAACAGCUGGCGCUUUCAGUCAGCCGGGAAAACCAGCGAUACCAGUCGGUAACAGUGGCAGCUCCAGCAAGGGAUCUGCUGCCAGUAAAAAGGCACAACAAAAUGCCCAGGCUAAACCAGCAGAAGCACCCGAUGAUACCUGGUACAGUUUGUUCCCGGUGGAAAAUGAGGAGUUGAUCUAUUACAAGUGGGAGGACGAGGUGAUCUGGGACGCACAGCAGAUGAACAAAGUGCCCAAGCCCAAGGUGCUCACCCUUGAUCCCAACGACGAGAACAUCAUCCUGGGCAUUCCUGAUGAUAUCGAUCCUUCGAAGAUCAACAAAAACACUGGUCCACCACCCAAGAUAAAAAUUCCGCAUCCUCAUGUUAAGAAGUCCAAGAUUCUGUUGGGCAAGGCUGGCGUGAUAAACGUGCUAGCAGAAGACGCGCCACCGCCGCCUCCAAAGAGCCCCGACCGCGAUCCCUUUAAUAUUUCCAACGAUACGUACUACACCCCCAAAACGGAACCCACCCUGCGGCUUAAAGUGGGCGGCGGUAAUCUCAUCCAGCACUCCACACCCGUGGUGGAACUGCGAGCUCCGUUCGUACCCACGCAUAUGGGUCCUAUGAAGCUGCGCUCCUUCCACCGUCCGCCUCUGAAGAAGUACUCUCAUGGUCCACUGGCUAUGAUCUCGCACCAUCCUGUUAUGCCGCUUCUGAAGCACAUCGUAAAAAAAGCCAAACAGCGUGAGGUGGAACGCAUUGCUUCUGGAGGCGGAGAUGUCUUCUUCAUGCGCAAUCCAGAGGAUUUGAGCGGAAAAGACGGUGACAUCGUGCUGGCCGAGUUCUGCGAGGAGCAUCCGCCACUGAUGAACCAGGUGGGCAUGUGUUCCAAGAUCAAGAACUACUACAAGCGCAAGGCCGAGAAGGACAGUGGUCCGCAAGAUUAUGUGUACGGUGAGGUGGCCUUUGCCCACACCAGUCCCUUUUUGGGCAUCCUGCAUCCUGGCCAGUGUAUUCAGGCACUGGAGAACAACAUGUACCGAGCUCCCAUCUAUCCCCACAAGAUGUCUCACAAUGAUUUCCUCGUCAUACGUACUCGUACCGGUUAUUGGAUCCGAGCUGUUAAUGCCAUCUUCACGGUAGGCCAGGAGUGUCCCAUCUAUGAGGUUCCAGGACCGAACUCGAAACGCGCCAAUAAUUUCACACGAGACUUCCUGCAGGUCUUUAUUUAUCGGCUGUUCUGGAAGAGUCGGGAUAACCCUCGUCGCAUCCGCAUGGACGACAUUAAAAAAGCCUUUCCCGCCCAUUCCGAGAGCAGCAUCCGAAAGCGCUUGAAACAGUGCGCUGACUUCAAGCGUACUGGCAUGGAUUCCAAUUGGUGGGUGAUCAAGCCAGAGUUCCGGCUGCCCUCCGAGGAGGAAAUCCGUGCCAUGGUCUCGCCAGAGCAAUGUUGUGCUUACUUCAGCAUGAUUGCAGCCGAACAGCGUCUUAAGGACGCUGGCUAUGGAGAGAAGUUCUUAUUUGCUCCACAAGAAGACGACGAUGAAGAAGCGCAACUCAAGCUAGACGAUGAAGUAAAGGUGGCACCUUGGAAUACCACCCGUGCCUAUAUCCAGGCCAUGCGCGGCAAGUGCCUGCUGCAACUGAGUGGUCCAGCAGAUCCUACAGGUUGUGGUGAAGGUUUUUCAUAUGUCAGAGUGCCCAACAAACCCACGCAAAGCAAAGAGGAGCAAGAGUCCCAGCCAAAACGCUCUGUAACAGGAACAGAUGCCGAUCUGCGUCGUCUUCCGCUGCAAAGGGCGAAGGAGUUGCUGCGAAAAUUCAAAGUGCCUGAGGAGGAAAUCAAAAAGCUUUCCCGCUGGGAGGUCAUCGACGUGGUCCGUACUCUGUCCACCGAAAAAGCCAAGGCCGGAGAAGAGGGUAUGGACAAGUUCUCUCGUGGCAAUCGGUUCUCCAUUGCCGAGCAUCAGGAGCGCUACAAGGAGGAAUGCCAGCGUAUCUUCGAUUUGCAGAACCGUGUGCUAGCCAGCUCUGAGGUUCUUUCCACGGACGAAGCAGAGUCUUCCGCUUCUGAGGAAUCCGAUCUCGAGGAACUGGGAAAGAAUCUUGAGAACAUGCUGUCCAAUAAGAAGACCUCUACGCAGCUGUCGCUGGAACGCGAGGAGCAGGAGCGCCAGGAGCUUCUGAGGCAGCUGGAUGAAGAGCACGGAGAUGGCGCUGGUGGAGGGGCUGGUGCCAAAGGUGCCAAGGCUAAGGAGGAGGCGGCGCAGCAGCAACCGGGAGCCACCAGCAAUCAGGGCAGAAUUUUGCGAAUCACCCGAACCUUCAGGGGCAACGACGGCAAGGAGUACACUCGCGUGGAGACGGUACGCCGGCAGCCUGUGAUCGAUGCUUACAUCAAGAUCCGUACCACCAAGGACGAGCAGUUCAUUAAGCAGUUCGCCACGUUGGAUGAGCAGCAGAAGGAGGAGAUGAAGCGAGAGAAGCGUCGCAUUCAGGAGCAGUUGCGAAGAAUCAAGCGCAACCAGGAACGCGAGCGAUUAGCGCAACUGGCUCAGAACCAGAAACUGCAACCCGGUGGCAUGCCCACUUCGUUGGGCGAUCCAAAGAGCUCGGGUGGACACUCGCACAAAGAGCGUGAUAGCGGCUACAAGGAGGUUAGUCCCUCGCGCAAGAAGUUCAAGCUGAAACCGGAUCUUAAGCUAAAGUGCGGUGCUUGCGGCCAGGUGGGUCACAUGCGAACCAAUAAGGCCUGUCCCCUGUACACGGGCAUGCAGAGCAGCCUCUCCCAAUCGAAUCCCUCGCUGGCCGACGACAUGGAUGACCAGAGCGAGAAGGAGAUGGGCAUGGACGAUGAUGAUUUGGUGAAUGUCGAUGGCACCAAGGUGACGGUCAGCAGCAAGGUGCUGAAGCGCCACACCGACGACAAGCGUCGCAGUGGCUCUUCGGGACUGACCUUAAAGGUACAGCGGGACGCGAUGGGCAAGAAGAAGCGGCGCGUGGGUGCCGAUAUCCACUGCGAUUAUCUUCAGCGCCACAACAAGACAGCCAACCGGCGACGUACUGACCCCGUGGUCGUGCUUUCUUCUAUUCUGGAGAUUAUCCUCAACGAUCUGCGCUCCAUGACGGAUGUGGCGCCAUUCCUGUUUCCUGUCAGCGCCAAGCGGGUACCAGACUACUAUCGGGUAGUCACGAAGCCCAUGGAUCUGCAGACAAUGCGGGAGUCCAUCCGCCAGAAGCGAUACACGAGCCGGGAAAUGUUUCUGGAAGAUCUGAAGCAAAUUGUGGACAACUCGCUGAUCUAUAAUGGCGCCCAGAGCGCCUACACUGUUGCCGCCCAGCGGAUGUUCACCAGCUGUUUCGAGCUUCUUGCCGCCCGCGAGGACAAGCUGAUGCGCCUUGAGAAGGCCAUAAAUCCUCUGCUCGACGACGACGACCAGGUGGCUCUUUCCUUUAUUUUCGACAAGCUGCACACGCAAGUCAAACAACUGACUGAGAGCUGGCCAUUCCUCAAGCCGGUCAACAAAAAGCAGGUGAAGGACUAUUACACAGUUAUCGAAAGGCCCAUAGAUCUGGAGACAAUCGGAAAGAAUAUUGAAGCUCACCGAUAUCAUAGUCGAAAGGAAUACUUGGCCGAUAUAGAACUGAUUCUCACUAACUGCGAGCAGUACAAUGGCAGUGAUUCUCGUUACACCAACUUCGCCAGGAAGAUUUUAGAGUUCGCUCAGACUCAGUUGAUAGAGUUUUCGGAACACUGCACUCAGCUGGAAGAGAAUAUAGCCAAGACCCAGGAGCGAGCUAGGGAAAAUGCCCCCGAAUUCGACGAAGCUUGGGGCAGUCAUGAGAUAAAGUUCAGACGCGACAGUAGAGAGAGUACCCCUGCAGACGAUUACAUCGACGUGGAGGGUACUGUGGGGCAAGCUGCACCGAACACCAUUCAUCGGGGCAUGGGUGCGGAAUCGCACACGUCGCAGGCGGCCAGGAAGCCGGCGCCACCAGGUCCGGGUGAGGUGAAGCGUGGCAGGGGAAGGCCGCGCAAGCAACGCGAUCCCGUUGAGGAGGUCAAAGCCCUGAAUCCGGUUAAACGUGGUCGGGGGCGUCCGAGGAAGGACAGCCUUGCCUCAAACAUGAGUCAGACGCAAGCUUACUUCCUGGAUGAAGACCUUCAAUGUUCCACUGACGACGAGGACGAUGACGAGGAGGAGGACUUCCAGGAAGUGUCCGAGGAUGAGAAUAAUGCAGCCAGCAUUUUGGAUCAGGGCGAAAGGAUGCAUGCCCCCCAAGAUACAAUGGUGGACUAUAUCGAUCCGAAGAAUAUCAAAACAGAAGUCGAUGUCGAGGCCCAGCAGUUAGCAGAGGAGCCAGUCGGCGAGGAUGACAGCCAGCAGGUGGCCGAAGCAAUGGUGCAGUUGAGUGGCUUGGGCGCCAACUACUAUGCUCAACAGCAGCAAGAUGAGUCCAUGGACGUGGAUCCCAACUACGAUCCAUCCGACUUUCUGGCUAUGCACAAGCCGCGGGAGAACCUCGGCGAGCCAACCAACUUGCAGGGUGCCUUCUCCAACUUCCUUCAGGAUGAAACCAGCUCUUACAAUGCACCUGAAGCCAGUACCAGUGCCGCUGCGGCGGCUGCUGGUGUUGGCAUGAGCCUUGCCUCGCAAGAUGAUGAUUCUGUAGCCAUGCAAAUGCCACCUGAAAUGCCUACCACGAGGCUAAACAACGGCUUGGGCAUCGAUGAUGAUCUGGACAUAUCGGAGAGUGACGAGGAGGACGACGGCACGCGGGUGCGCAUCAAGAAGGAGGUUCUCGACGACUCGGAGUUUGGGAUGCAACAGAAUCAGCACCAUUUCCAGCAGUUAGGCCCACCGAUUGGCCAACAGUCCCAAAUAUAUGUUGUGGAUUCGCCCAACGGGCCGCCCACACUCGAUUAUCAGCAUCCUCCCCAGCUGGAUUACUCGCAGCAUUCCCUGGGAAUGGAGCAACUGCAGCAGCUUCAACAAGUGAUAGCACAGCCAACGGAGCAGCUGCAGCAGCAACCACAACAAAAUCCUCAGGGAGACAACGAUUACGCCUGGACUUUUUAGUUCUUUCUAAAAUAUUUUGUCUAUUUGUUAGUUAUUUAAGUCUAAAACCAAUAUAAUUAAGUUGAUAUUAAACAUUUUAAGCAAA